AUGGAGAAAUCAUAUGUUUAUACCAAAAGGUUUAUAGACAAUGAAGUCAAGAGACUAAACAGACCCUUGAGUCUCGACUCUUCAGAAGCUCCAGGCUUGUCUGAAAAGCAACUACAACAAAUAUUGACUAAAGUAAAUAUAAAGAUUAGAAGACAUAAUAGAAACUUGUUUCCAGCACAGAUUAAUAACCAGAUAGUGCAACAAAUACUCAAAAUCGAACAAGAGAAGCUCAAUGCAGUGAAUGAAAGACUUACCAGAGUUAAAUAUAUUAUGAAGCCGUUGGCUAUUGAUGUAAAAAUAACGAAGCUUGAUGACAUACUAAAGGAACUUCCAGAGUCUAAAUAUUUGUUCGCGAGCGAACAAGAAUUAGAGAACAAAAAUAGAGAGGAAGAAGGGAAUAAUGAAAUAGGUGGGAAUGGGGGGUUAGUGCAAGACGGUGAAGAGAGAGUUGAAUCUCUUUCAGAGCAGAUUGAUCAAGAAUUGAAAGAAAAAUACAAUUUCGGAGAAUUACUAGAACGAUACGAUUCCAUUAGAUCAGGUUUGAUAGAGCUCAAUGAAGAGUUGAUAUAUAAACGCGAGAAGCUAUCUUACUUGUCGACGCUCAAUGAUAAACUAGAUUUUCUGGAAUCUGAAUCUUUAGUAAACGAAAUCAAUAGGUUUAAAGUACUAGUAGAACGACUAUCUUUCAAAAGUAAGAAUAGAAGUCCCCCUUCUCCAUGA